AGUUGCUAAUGGAAUUAUAACGUCGUAUAACAGACAUUCCUAACCGGCAAAUAAUAAAAUAUUGGAAGAAAUUUUUAUUAAAAAGCACGAAUAUGUUGUCUAACAAUUGUUGACUUGUUACUUAUACGAUAAAAUAACAUUAAAGAACGUUAUAGGUGUUACAAAUCAUAUAAAUAAUGCAUUAUUUUGAUUAACGUCAUCAUUAUUAUCAUAGUGUAAUGAUUGGUUUAUUUUUUAACGUGUUUUUCUACCUCAAUAAGUAUUUACGUAGAAGAUACUAUACAAGAACAAUGGAUUCAACAAAUGAAUCAUGCGCAAAAUUAUCGGAAAACGUUUCAACGUCUUCGAAUGCUAUCAAUACACGUGAAUUAGAAGAUCAGUUUUAUGAUGAUGAUGAUGGUGACAAAUGCAAUAUCAAAUUCUCUCCACCUGCUUAUAUUCAAAGAUACCAAGCUGUUAUAAGUGUUCUAAACAGUCCUAAAUAUGAAGGCAAAAUUCGAAAGGUUGUAGAUUUUGGUUGUAGUGAGCUGGGCUUUUUUACUUAUUUAAAAAAUACGCCAGUAAUUGAAGAAAUCUUAUGUGUAGAUAUUGAUGAAUUCAUAUUGGAAUGUAAUAAAAAAAAAAUUGAUGCAUUGACUGCGGAUUAUAUACAUACGCGAGAUCGUCCAUUGACUGCCAGUAUCUAUAAAGGAAGUGUGACUGAUAGAGAUAAGAAUUUAGAAAAUACAGAUGCUGUCGUUUGCAUCGAAUUAAUAGAACAUCUUUAUGAUGAAACUUUAGUAAAAGUACCCGAAAAUAUUUUCGGUUAUAUAAAACCACGAGUAGCUAUAAUGACUACACCAAAUGCGGAUUUUAAUGUUUUAUUUAGAGGAAUGAAAGGAUUUAGACAUCCAGAUCAUAAAUUUGAAUGGACAAGACAACAAUUUACGGAUUGGGCAAACGGAAUUGUCAAUAAGUAUCCUGAAUAUGAAGUUAGUUUCCAAGGAAUUUGUCCAGGACCUGAAGGAACAGAAGAUUUAGGAUGUUGCUCACAAAUGGCAAUUUUUCAUCGAAAUACGGAUUUUGUCAUUAAAAUGCCUGGGAUUGAAGGAUUAUAUAAAUUAAUUUCUCAAGAAAUUUAUCCUGUACGAAUUGAUAAUCGCUCUGAUGAAGAUAAAAUUCUUGAUGAGGCAAGCUAUCUCAUUAGAGGUUAUCAAAUAAACAAUGGUGAUGAUAUAAUACCACUUGAAACACUUGCUCAUAUGAUCGGAAAUAUACAAAUAGAUUAUUUGAAAGAGAUUAUGGAAAACGGAGGAUGGGAAACUGGUGAAAAUGAAGAAGGUCCUAUAAUUAUUUGUAGGCCAUUAUCAGUAAGUUUAGAAGAUGAUAAUGUAUAUGAUGAAGAAGAUGAUUUCGAUUAUGAGAAUGGUGAAGAUGGUGAUGAUUACGAUGAUGAUCCUUUUGAUUAUAAUGACUUCAAUAGUACUUCGGAAAUAGAAAUAAUGGAUCUGGAUGAUGAAGUUUUUGUGCAUGAUGUAACUAAUUUUUCAGCUAUUACUAUAGGGGAACAGGUAGAAGAGGUACGAUACGAUGAAUUAAUUACAGACAGUUUAAACAGCUGGAAUAGAGAUGACGAGCAUGAAAGAACUGGAGAUACUGCAAUACCUUCAAAUUCUGGGGAAAUAAGAAGUAUGUGUAGUAUGUUCAUAGAAAGAUCUCAAAACGAUAACAGUUUAGUGUGUCCCGAAAAUAUUACAGAUCCGAACUUUGAGUUUUCGACAACACAUGAUAGUGUUGAUCUAGAGCAAAGAAAUGAAAAUGAUGAUAAAACCUUCAGUAAUACUUAUAACGAUAAUUUUCAACAAACUAGCACACCAAGGAAAAAAAUAAAGCUAUCGUUAGACGAUUUAGAGAAAGAUAAUAGGCCUCUUGAAAAUUCACAAUCGAUUAUUCGUGACUUUUUUGAGAGUCCUUCAAGCAGCUCCGCGGUUGGAACUGAAGAUGCUGAAUGUUCUCAUGCUUUAAGUAUGUUAAAUGCAGUACCAAUAAAUAAUCCUCAAAGUAGAGCACAAACCAUUUCUGAUUCUGAGUCAGUUACAAUUGAAGAAUCACCAGGAGUUUAUCUUCUGAAAAAUACUGAAAGUCAUAAUUUAACGGAUACUGCAAGUGAAAUCUCAGAGGAUAAUAUUAAUAAAAAUAUCCAUUAAUAUGUUAUUUCUAUGUUUGUUCGUUUUUUAUGUGAUUGAAUACUUUAAGUUUCUUGAUAUGUUUUCUUUUUUUAUUUUGUAGAAACCAAGUAGUUUCCUAUCUGUAUAAAACGAUGACAAAAGAUAACAGUAUUAUAGAUAAGGUAAAUAGGUUUCAAGACUGAGAAACAUAUCUUGUAUAUGAUUACAUAAUAAAUAUGAAUUUAAAAAAAUUAA